AUGCGGGGGCGCCGGGCUACGGGGCCGCCCGGGCUGGCGGUGGUGGCCGCCACUGUUCUGCUUCUGCUGAGUGGGGUAGAGCCGGCGCGCGCCUCCGAGGACAUCGUGGUGGGUUGCGGGGGCUUCGUCAAGUCGGACGUGGAGAUCAACUACUCGCUCAUUGAGAUAAAGUUGUACACCAAACAUGGGACUUUGAAAUACCAGACAGACUGUGCCCCUAACAAUGGUUACUUUAUGAUCCCCUUGUAUGAUAAGGGAGAUUUCAUUCUGAAGAUUGAGCCUCCUCUAGGGUGGAGUUUUGAGCCGACCACCGUGGAGCUGUACGUGGACGGUGUCAGCGACAUCUGCACGAAGGGCGGGGACAUCAACUUCGUGUUCACAGGCUUCUCCGUGAAUGGAAAGGUUCUCAGCAAAGGGCAGCCCCUGGGCCCCGCAGGAGUUCAGGUGUCAUUGCGAAACACAGGCACCGAAGCGAAGAUCCAGUCCACAGUCACACAGCCUGGCGGAAAGUUUGCAUUUUUUAAAGUUCUUCCUGGAGAUUAUGAAAUCCUUGCAACUCAUCCAACCUGGCCAUUGAAAGAGGCGAGCACCACUGUGCGCGUGACCAACUCCAACGCCAAUGCCGCGGGUCCCCUCAUAGUGGCCGGCUACAACGUGUCUGGCUCUGUCCGCAGCGAUGGGGAACCCAUGAAAGGGGUGAAGUUUCUUCUCUUCUCUUCUUUAGUGGCCAAAGAGGAUGUCCUGGGCUGCAACCUCUCCCCGGUGCCCGGGUUCCAGACCCAGGACGAGAGUCUGGAGUACCUGUGCCAUGCGGUCUCCAGAGAAGACGGCUCCUUCUCCUUCUUUUCCCUGCCGAGCGGGGGCUAUACUGUGAUUCCUUUCUACAGGGGAGAGAGGAUUACCUUUGACGUUGCUCCUUCCAGACUUGACUUCACCGUGGAACACGACAGCCUGAAAAUUGAGCCCGUGUUCCACGUCAUGGGAUUCUCUGUCACUGGGCGGGUCUUGAAUGGACCAGAAGGCGAAGGUGUCCCGGAUGCGGUGGUCACCCUGAACAACCAGAUCAAAGUCAAAACAAAAGCUGAUGGCUCGUUCCGCCUGGAGAACAUAACCACCGGGACAUACACUAUCCACGCCCAGAAGGAGCACCUGUACUUUGAAACCGUCACAAUCAAAAUCGCACCCAACACGCCUCAGCUGGCUGACAUCAUCGCCACAGGGUUCAGUGUCUGUGGCCAGAUAUCAAUCAUUCGCUUCCCUGACCCUGUCAAGCAGAUGAGUAAAUACAAAGUUGUCCUGGCCUCUCAAGACAAGGACAAGUCUUUGGUCACCGUGGAGACGGACGCUCAGGGAUCAUUCUGCUUUAAAGCGAAACCAGGGACCUACAAAGUUCAGGUGAUGGUUCCUGAGGCAGAGACCAGGGCGGGGCUGACGCUGAAACCCCAGAUGCUGCUGCUGGCUGUGACUGAUAGGCCUGUGAUGGACGUGGCCUUUGUGCAGUUUUUGGCAUCGGUUUCUGGGAAAGUCUCUUGUCUGGACACUUGCGGUGACCUGCUGGUGACCCUGCAGUCCCUGAGCCGCCAGGGCGAGAAGCGGAGCCUCCAGCUCUCUGGCAAGGUCAACUCAAUGACUUUCAUGUUUGACAACGUGCUGCCCGGAAAAUACAAGAUCAGCAUCCUGCAUGAAGACUGGUGCUGGAAGAACAAGAGUCUGGAGGUGGAGGUGCUGGAGGACGACGUGCCCGCCGUUGAGUUCAGGCAGACGGGCUACAUGCUCCGGUGCUCUCUUUCCCACGCCAUCACUCUGGAAUUUUACCAGGAUGGGAAUGGACCUGAGAACGUGGGGAUUUAUAACCUCUCCAAAGGAGUCAACCGAUUCUGCCUGUCCAAGCCCGGUGUGUACAAGGUGACCCCUCGCUCCUGCCACCGGUUCGAGCAAGCGUUCUACACCUAUGACACGUCUUCACCCAGUAUCUUGACAUUGACAGCCAUUCGCCACCACGUCCUUGGAACGAUCACCACUGACAAGAUGAUGGAUGUGACCGUGACAAUCAAGUCUUCCAUUGACAGCGAGCCCGCCCUGGUCCUCGGCCCCCUGAAGUCUGUGCAGGAGCUGCGGAGGGAGCAGCAGCUGGCCGAGAUCGAGAGCCGCAGGCAAGAACGGGAGAAGAGCGGCGGAGAGGCUGGCAGCGAGGGGAGGACCAAGCCCCCUGCGCAGGAGAUGGUGGACGAGUUGCAGGGCCCCUUCUCCUACGACUUUUCCUACUGGGCCCGGUCCGGAGAGAAAAUCACUGUCACUCCUUCAUCUAAAGAGCUGCUCUUUUAUCCUCCUUCCAUGGAAGCCACCGUCAGUGGAGAAAGCUGCCCAGGGAAGCUGAUCGAGAUCCAAGGGAAAGCAGGCUUGUUUCUAGAAGGCCAGAUCCAUCCAGAGUUGGAAGGAGUCGAGAUCGUCAUCAGUGAAAAGGGGGCAAGUUCACCCCUGAUCACGGUCUUUACCGACGACAAAGGUGCCUAUAGUGUUGGGCCCUUGCACAGUGACCUGGAGUACACCGUGUCCUCGCAGAAGGAGGGCUAUGUUUUGACUGCAGUGGAAGGAACCAUAGGCGACUUUAAGGCUUAUGCCUUGGCAGGCGUGAGCUUUGAGAUAAAAGCUGAAGACGACCAGCCCCUCCCUGGGGUCCUCUUAUCCCUCAGCGGUGGUGUGUUCCGUUCCAACCUCCUGACUCAGGAUAACGGUAUCCUGACCUUCUCAAACCUGAGCCCUGGCCAGUACUACUUCAAGCCCAUGAUGAAGGAAUUCCGGUUUGAGCCGUCCUCGCAGAUGAUAGAGGUGCAGGAGGGGCAGAACCUGAAGAUCACCAUCACAGGCUACCGCACGGCCUACAGUUGCUAUGGUACAGUUUCUUCCUUAAACGGAGAACCAGAACAGGGUGUUGCCGUGGAAGCAGUGGGCCAGAGCGACUGCAGUAUUUAUGGAGAAGACACCGUGACGGACGAGGAAGGGAAGUUCAGGUUACGUGGAUUGCUGCCAGGCUGUGUGUACCACGUUCAGCUCAAGGCAGAAGGCAACGACCACAUCGAACGAGCCCUCCCCCACCACCGGGUCAUUGUGGUCGGGAAUAAUGACAUUGAUGAUGUGAACAUCAUAGUUUUCCGGCAGAUAAAUCAAUUCGACUUAAGUGGAAAUGUGAUCACUUCCUCUGAGUAUCUUCCUACAUUAUGGGUGAAGCUUUACAAAAGCGACAACCUCGACAACCCAAUCCAGACGGUGUCCCUGGGCCAGUCCCUCUUCUUCCACUUCCCGCCCCUGCUCAGGGAUGGCCAGAAUUACGUGGUACUUCUGGACUCCACGCUGCCCAGGUCCCAGUACGACUUCGUCCUGCCGCAGGUGUCCUUCACGGCAGCGGGCUACCACAAACACAUCACCCUGGUCUUCAGCCCUACGAGGAAGCUGCCUGAGCAGGACAUCGCCCAAGGAUCGUACAUCGCCCUGCCCCUGACGCUGCUCGUCCUGCUGGCCGGCUACAACCACGACAAGCUCAUCCCCUUGCUGCUGCAGCUGACAAGCCGCCUGCAGGGAGUCCGAGCCCUUGGCCAGACGGCCUCCGACAACAGCGGCCCGGAAGACGCAAAGAGACAAGCCAAGAAACAGAAGACAAGGCGGACGUGA